AAUCUUGUAGCUCAGUUCAGGAGUUGGUGCCAGUGUUGACCAAGAUCAGUUGUCAUCACAUAACCUUAUGGAAUAUAAUGAAAUCUCGUCGAAGAACACACUUUUAAUGAUUCAAAUUAGUUUAAAUAUCACAAAUAUUAUUUCAAUAUGACUUCAAAAUUGAAGGCUUGGCCAAUAUUUACUUUCUUACAGCCAGAAUUUACAUCGAAGAUUCGAAUGGUUCUAGUAUUUGGUAAUUUGAACAAUUCUUGUAUAAUUGUGACAACGAAUCACAUGGUAUAUGGUUUAGGAGACAAUACUGGCGGCUGUCUUGGAAUAGGCACAAACGAAAAUAGUACUACUUAUCCAAAACCAAUUCCUGAAUUAAAUGAGAAAGAUAUUAAAACUUUAACAUAUUGCACUGAAUCUGGUCAGAAUUCAUAUGUUGCAGCCUUAACAAAAAAUGGAAAGAUAUAUGCCUGGGGACAAAGUGAUAGUUUUAUUAGUUCAAAACCAAUGGAAUUAACAGAAAUUAAAAAUGUUGUGGACAUUGUUUGUGGAAUGCAUUACUCUUUAGCACUAACAGAGAAUGGAUUGCUAUAUAGAUGGCAUCAUCAGUCAAGUAAAGUAAUAUUCAAAUUACAAGAGUUCGGGGAUGAUUAUAUAAACACGAAAAUUGUUGGAAUUAGUUCUGGUCAUUUGUUUAGUAUGGUAGUUACAGAGAGUGGUAACACUUACAUGUGGGGUGCCAUUGAUACCAAGUCAAGAAGAUACCAGAUACCAUCCAGGUCACAUAGUCCUGCGUUCAAAGAAUGGAAGCUAAAACCGUUAUCUGGAGUUAUAAUUGAGAAGGUGGUUUGCGGUUAUCAUCACAGUUUGGCAUUAAGCAUUGAUGGAUAUAUCUAUAGUUUGGGUUGCAACUAUUUUGGACAGUUAGGAUCCUCAGGCGCAGAGGCUACUUCGUGGCAGAAUGUACAAAUAAAGCAGAAAAUAUUGGAUAUAGCAGCUUCUCCUCGCUGUAAUAUAUCUGUAGCUAUGGCAAUUGAUUAUAAGAUUUAUAUGUGGGGAGAGUGUUUAAGUCAACGAUUUGUAGUUCCAAUAUUGAUUCCAAAUCUGUCAAUACAUGAUGUUUUUGCAUACUAUGCAUUGCCAAGCAUCAUGCAUCAGCAACUCGUUAUCAACAACAAAGAAGAAGAGUAUUGUGAGGAUACUUCAGAACCAGAGGACUUACUGGAACAUCUAAGAGUAGCAUUUGAUGACAGUGCUACUAGUGAUCUCACUAUAGAAGUGUUGGAAAAGCCCAUUUAUGUCCACAAAGCUAUACUGAAGAUACGUUCUAAGUAUUUUGCAGCAAUGUUUAAAACAUGGUUGGAGAAGGACGAAAGUGUAAUAAAAGUUUGCGAGUUCUCUUACGAUGUAUACAGAGCUUUCUUGAAAUUUCUGUACACCAACGAAUUUCAUCUACCCAUAGAGGACGUCGGAGAACUGCUUAAAUUAGCGGACUGUUACGGCGACGAAAAUCUGAAAACGGCGUGCGAGUUCUUAUUAACGAGAAACUUAUCUCCUGCGCAAGUGAUACCGACGUACGUACAAGCUACGCAAUACAACGCUAUGACUUUAAGGACUAACUGUGUCAAGUUCGCUGCGAAUUUUAUGUCCGAAAUUGUUGGCUCUCCGAUUUGGCAACAGUUAAGCUCAGACCUGUUCAAACAAUUUAUAAUUGAAGCUAACAAAACAAAUAAGGUUUUCAUUAGCUAAAUUAAGCUUAGGUUUAAUUAUACUUACACAGUACAAAAGGUAUGAUCGAAGGAAAAAUGAAUAAAACAUGAUGGCUUUGUCCUUCGUACAUUAUUUUUAUUACGAUAAUCUCAAUAUAUACAAGCAGUAAAUUUUUUUUUGUUGGUAUAAUAUGUACGUAACUACCGAUUAUUAAUAAUAUUCAAUAAUGGUAUUUAAUAAAUAAACAUUAUAUAUAUA